GACUCCUCUCCGCCCCGCUUCGCCCGGAGGGCAGACCGGCGAGCGGCGGUGGGGGCGGGGCCGCCCCAGGGGGCGCGGGCGCAGGUGGCCCGGCGCCCGGUGGAGCCCCAGGGUCCUGGAGCUGCGGCGGUCGGCACGUCGAUCCGGGAUCGAUAGCAGCUCCGGCAGCACCAUGUCUCCGUUAGCCGAGGCCCUGCCCGCCAGCUGGGCAGCUGUCCGAGGUGGCCCGGCGGGAGGCGCGGCGGCUGCCGGCGCCGGGGCGCAGUAGCGGGCAGGGCAGGCGCACGCACGGCCAGGCGCCUCCCGGGUCCCCUCCCGCCAACGAGACCCUACUCCAGGCCGGGAACAAGUUGCGCCGGCGGCGGGAGCCAGGCUGCAGGACCACUGGCCCGCCAUGCCGGCGGUCAAAAAGGAGCUCGCGGGUCGCGAAGACCUGGCCCUGGCUCUGGCCAACUUCCACCCGACCCUGGCGGCUCUGCCGCUGCCGCCGCUCCCCGGCUACUUGGCGCCACUGCCCGCCGUGGCCGCCCUGCCCCCAGCCGCCUCGCUACCAGCCACGGCCGCCGGCUACGAGGGUCUGCUGGCUCCGCCGCUCCGCACCCCGCGCGCCUACCUGAGCCUGAACGAGGCCGCCCCACACCUCCACCUGCCCCGGGACCCUCUGGCCCUCGAGCGCUUCUCGGCCACUGCGGCCGCGGCACCGGAUUUCCAGCCGCUGCUGGACAACGGCGAGCCGUGCAUCGAGGUGGAGUGCGGCGCCAACCGCGCUCUGCUCUACGUGCGCAAACUCUGCCAGGGCAGCAAGGGCCCAUCCAUCCGCCACCGCGGCGAGUGGCUCACCCCCAACGAAUUCCAGUUCGUCAGCGGCCGCGAGACGGCCAAGGACUGGAAGCGCAGCAUCCGCCACAAAGGGAAGAGUCUGAAGACGCUGAUGUCCAAGGGGAUUCUGCAGGUGCACCCCCCAAUCUGCGACUGUCCGGGCUGUCGGAUCUCCUCCCCGGUGAACCGGGGGCGAUUGGCAGACAAGAGGACAGUCGCUCUGCCUCCUGCCCGGGUCUUGAAGAAAGAACUGACCCCCAGCUUCAUAGCCAGUGAUGGCGACAGCGACGGGAGCGGGCCAGCCUGCGGGCAGCGGCCUGGCUUGAAGCAGGAGGACGACACACACAUCCGGAUCAUGAAGAGAAGGGUCCACACCCACUGGGACGUGAACAUCUCCUUCCGGGAGACGUCCUGCAGCCAGGAGAGCGACCUUCCCACCCUCCUAUCCAGCCUGCAUCGCAGCAGCCACCUCGUUAUGCCUGAGCAUCAGAGCCGCUGUGACUUCCAGAGAAGCAGCGUGGAGAUAGGCCUGGGUGGUCCAGGUGACCUGUUGGGCAAGAGGCUAGGCCGCUCCCCCCACAUCAGCACUGACUGCCCUUUGGAGAAGAAGGCGCGAAGCAAGUCCCCCCAAGCAGAGACUCUGUUGCUGUCAGAGCUGGGGCCCAGCAUGGCCCCUGAGGAUCACUACCGCCGGCUCAUGUCCGCACUGAGUGAGGCCAGCACCUUUGAGGACCCGCAGCGUCUCUACCACCUGGGCCUCCCCAGCCAUGACCUCCUGAGGGUCCGGCAGGAGGUGGCAGCAGCAGCAGCAGCAGCUGUGAGGGGCCCCAGUGGCCUGGAAGUCCACCUGCCCACGUCCACAGGUCAACGUCGGAAGCAGGGCCUGGCUCAGCACCGAGAGGGCAGUGCUCCAGCCGGCACCCCAUCCUUCUCAGAGAGGGAGCUGUCCCAGCCGGCCCCCCUGCUGUCGCCCCAGAAUGCUCCGCACAUCGCUCUGGGCCCCCACCUCAGGCCUCCCUUUUUGGGGGUGCCCUCGGCUCUGUGCCAGACCCCAGGCUUCGGCUUCCUGCCCCCGGCCCAGGCGGAGCUGCUCGCCCGGCAGCAGGAGCUCCUGCGGAAGCAGAACCUGGCGCGGUUGGAGAUGUCGGCCGAGCUGCUGCGGCAGAAGGAGCUGGAGGGCGCGCACCGUCCGCAGCUGCUGACGCCAGAAGCUCCGCUGCCCCCACCGGAUGGCGCGGACGCCCUGCUGGUGCGGAGACCCAGCUCCGCGCCCAGGCUGGCGCUGCCCCCACAGGGACCCUCCGGCUCCCCCACCCGCCGAACCCCUCGGAAGGGGAGCCUCAGCCCGGCCUCAGCCCGGCCCAGUGAGCCCAAGACCACCGGGGCUGAGCUCUGGGUACAGGAUGGCUCUGAGGAUGAGCCCCCCAAGGACUCAGACGGAGAGGACCCCGAGAUGCUGGCUGUUGGGGGCCGGGGCCUCACCCCAGGUGGAGGGGCCAGCUCUGAGCGGAAGGGACUUCUCUCAGGGUCCCUGCCCCCCUCUCUGCCCUUGAGCGUGCCCUGCGUCAGCCCCUACUUCCACACAGGUGCCAUGGGGGGACUCUUCAGUGAUGGGGAGGCCACCGUCCCCGAGGACAUCAGCAAGUGGACAGUGGACGAUGUCUGCAGCUUCGUGGGGGGCCUGUCGGGCUGUGGAGAAUACACACGGGUCUUCAGAGAACAGGGGAUAGAUGGGGAGACCCUGCCCCUGCUGACGGAGGAGCACCUCCUGACCACCAUGGGGCUAAAGCUGGGGCCUGCUCUCAAGAUCCGGGCGCAGGUGGCCAAGCGCCUGGGCCGAGUCUUCUACGUGGCCAGCUUUCCGGUGGCAUUGCCACUACAGCCACCAGCACUGCGGGCCCCCGAGCGGGCACUCACCUCAGGGGAGCAGCCCCCAUCCCCAGCAACGGCCCCCUCACCCUUUGUGGGGGGACAUCCCACUGCUGGCCAAGCCUCACCCAAGCAAGAGAACGGGACCAUGGCUCUGCUCCCAGGGCCUUCAGACCCCUCCCAGCCUCUGUGCUGAGUUGUGGAGCCCACCCUUUAGUGCCAGUCACU